CUAAAAACAACAUUUCUUGAUGAGAAUUUCAGUUCAGUGAAAUAGAGAAAUAAUCCUCAUAUGAGAAAGAAAAGUGUGGUGACCUUGUACAAGGAAAAUACACAAUUUUUCAGUUGUGAUCUUUGUGAAAGUGAAGUUUAUUCAUAAAAUUUUGUGAACGAAUAUACAAAACCAGUGUGUUGUAGUAUGUAUAUGUCGUAGGAGAGACUCCCCUUACGUCUCCAUUCACUGCAUCACUUCACUGAUCACUCACAUAUACAACAACACAAAACACAGUCGUCAGAAAGGAAUCAACUCGACGAUUGUGGUCCAUAUUACAAACAGUGCGGAAGUGGCUUACCUUCCUUCCAUAAACCAAGAAAAAAAAAUCAUUUUUCAUAAAUAAAAUUAUCCAGUGAUGGAGCCAUGGCUGACGAAAAUCAUAAAGUACGAAUUGAAGAACAUUUAAAAAUUAAAAUUGGUGAAGCAAAAAACCUACAAUCUCGUAAUCAUGGAUCUACUCUUCAACGAGAUGUUUAUUGUACAGUUUCUUUGGAUCAAGAAGAAAUUUUUCGUACGACAACGAUGGAAAAAACUCUGAACCCAUUUUUUGGAGAAGAAUUCCAAUUUGAAGUACCACGACGAUUUCGUUAUUUAUCGAUCUACGUAUACGAUCGAGACAGACAUUUAAAACAGGAUAAAGUGUUAGGAAAAGUAGCAAUCAAACGUGAAGAUCUUGGUCGUUAUCCAAACAAAGAUCAUUGGUUUCCAAUACGACCUGUGGAUGCGGAUAGUGAAGUGCAAGGUAAAGCAAAUGUGGAAAUAAAAUUUGAUUCAGUGAUAUCGAAAAAUAAUACAUUUGGUGCAAACAAUCGUAUGAGUAUUAAAAUAUUAGAGUGUGUGGAUCUAACGCUUAAAAAUGGUAACUGUGAUCCGUAUGCCACGGUGACAGUGACUUAUUCGAAUGUGAAAAAAAUUACGAAACGGACAAAAGUGAAAAAGAAAACUACAUGCCCACAAUUCGAUGAAGUGUUCACAUUUGAUACGUCGGAGAGUGGUUCGCGUAGUAGUGAUUGUGGAUAUGGAGUGAAUACAGAAGGUGAAGUAUGUGAAGUGUGUAUUGCAUUGUGGCAUGAUAUGGGUAUGGGUGUGGAGGACUUGUUUUUGGGUGAAGUUCGAAUACAGUUACGUGGUAAUGCAUCUCAUUCAAAUAAUGCAUGGUAUUAUUUACAACCUCGUCGGUGUCAAGAUCGAGCUGGUGUUAUGAAAACAGUGUCAUGUUCAACACCUCCCGGCACACGGUUAUCUGGUGAUAAUUCCUUAGGAUCGUUACGAUUGCAAGUAUAUUAUACAGCGGAUUGUGUGUUUCCAAGUGUUGUUUAUUAUCCAUUGAGAAAUUUGUUGUUAGAAAGCGUUAAUGUUCAACCAAUAACAUCCAGUGCUGUAUAUAUUCUUGGUGAAAUUGUAACGAGUAAAAUGGAAGCAGCUCAACCUCUUGUUAGGAUAUUUAUGCAUCAUGGACAAAUUGUACCUAUUAUUCGAGCUUUAGCAAAUUUUGAAAUAUCCAAAUUAACAGACCCAACAACAAUAUUUCGUGGCAAUACUUUAGUAUCAAAAAUGAUGGAUGAAGCAAUGAAAUUAGCUGGUUUACGGUACUUACAUAAAACAUUACGCCCUGCCAUGGAUUUAGUAUUUUUAGAACGGAAACCGUGUGAGAUAGAUCCAACACGUGUACGUGAUUCAAAUGCAAUUGAACAAAAUCUAGCGAAUUUAACAGAAUAUGUUCGUAUUGUUUUUGAAGCGAUUGUACAAAGUGCUGUACAUUGUCCAUCACUAAUGUGUCAAAUAUUUCACAAUUUAAAAGAAUGCGCAACGAAAUAUUUUCCAGAGAAUAAAGAAGUCCGAUAUUCUGUUAUAUCUGGUUUUAUAUUUUUACGGUUUUUUGCUCCGGCUAUUUUGGGACCGAAGUUAUUUGAUAUUACUAAUGAACAAAUUGACCAUCAAACAAAUAGAACGUUAACAUUAAUUUCAAAAACAAUACAAUCAUUGGGUAACCUUGUUAGCGCUCGAUGUGCACAACAAACUUGUAAAGAAGGUUAUAUGGAACGAGUGCAUAAAGCUUUUGCCACAGAAACACAUAUACAAGCGUUAAGACAAUUUUUAGAAAUAAUUUCUGCUAGUUCGAAUCCAGAAAGCAGUGCCAUAGAUACGCCAGUAGUUUUAAAAGAAGGAGUAAUGAUCAAAAGAGCGCAGGGACGAAAACGUUUUGGUAGAAAAAACUUUAAACAGCGAUAUUUCAGACUGACUACACACGAUCUCACUUAUUCAAAAACCAAAGGAAAAGAUCCGCUUUGUGUAAUACCAUUAGCGGAUAUUUUAGCUGUUGAAAGAUUGAAUGAAAAUUCUUUUAAAAUGAAAAAUAUGUUUCAAAUUGUGCAAAACGAACGUACACUUUAUAUACAAGCUGGUAAUUGUGUAGAACAAAAAGGGUGGGUUGAUUUAUUAACAAAACUUUGCCAAAGUAAUGACAAUCGAUUGCAACGUUAUCAUCCAAGCGCUUAUCUUAAUGGUCAUUGGUUGUGUUGUAACAUAACAAACGAACUAGCAUCAGGAUGCAGUCUGGUAUCUUCUAAUGAAACAAAUUUACACACUUCACUGGAUCCAAAUCGGGAUCUAGAACGAAUAUAUUCAUUAAUUGUUACGCACAAAGAACGUUUAAAUGCAUUUACAAUACGUUGUGAAAAUCAAGCUGUAUACAAUGGAGAAAUAUGUAUACGACCUGGUUAUUAUAUCGAUGAUGUACCAUCAUGCUUUAAAACAAUCAAACAAUUGAAGGAUAUCACGUGUAAUUUACAAGAAAUACAUAGUACUUAUCAAAAAACUGUUGCUAGAGAAACCAAAUAUGGAAGCAAGCAAGCACCAAUCGGUGAUGAUAAUUAUUUACAUUUAGCAGCUCGUUCAAAUUUAGACACAACAAUCCCAUGGCGAUACAUAGAUACUUGAAAAUACUUAUAGAUUGUAUCAUAAUGAUAUGUUUGAUAUAUUUUAUAAAAGAAAUG